AUGCUGGAGCUCAACAUGUCGGUGUCGGUAAGUAGCAUCUCCACAUAACCAUUGUUUCUCACUACAACAACGUCCAUUACAGGAAACUGAUUUAGCCUCCUGUAUGAAGUCUGUUGUAUACGUCUUAUGUCAACUGUCAUUUAGAUAUUCUAAAAUGUAUUGAGUUGUGUAUUUAUUUAAUUCACAGUGAAAGUACUUUUUCUCAGAAAGUUCCCUAUGAAAUAAGCAGAGAAAUAGGUGUUACUGUAAGCAGAUCUGAAUGGUACUGUGCUGUUAAAACUGAUAGUCAGCUUAGUUAUGCUACUGUAAACUAAAAAAAUAAAAGUGCUCCAGCAUGAAUGUGUCUAGCCUGGUCCCAGACGUGUUUGUAUUGCCUUGUGUGGCUCUGUUAUUUUGUGCUCCAGGAUCCUGUUGUGUACGGCAGCUUGUCUUGCCUGAGGAACUCCACCAGCGAUUUGUCCAACACCUACACUACUGCUCUGCUGGCCUACACCUUUACGCUGGCAGGGGACAUGGAGACCCGGGCCCAGCUUCUGCAGCACCUGGACACGAUCGCAUUACAAGAGGGUGAGCCAUAUCCUGGUCCAAGAUCUGUUUGUGGUGUCUUGCCUUGAUUGAGCUUACCUGGGCAAUGGAGCUAAUGGAGUAAUCCCAAACAUGCAAACCCUCCGCCCGUCUGGCAAAAGUAUUUUAAAGAACAAAAAUCCUAUUUGAACUCAGGUGUCAUAAAAUUAUAUUUUUGUCAUAAAAUUAAUUGGGUAGGUCAGAGAAGAACGUUGUAGUCUGUAUAAUGAUGAAUAAGAUAGCCCUAUUCUCUGGUGUGUGUGUGUUCCUCAUCCUCAGGGGGUCUCCUGCACUGGACUCAGACCUCCUCAGAGACCUCAGCCUCCCUGGCAGUGGAGAUCAGCUCCUAUGUUCUGCUGGCUUCCCUCAGUGCCUCUCCUCUGUCUUCCUCUGACCUGGGCUAUGCCUCCCGCAUCAUCAGGUGGCUGGUGAGACAGCAGAACGCCUAUGGAGGCUUCUCCUCCACACAGGUAUACUUCCAAAACACCUCUGUUCCAAAAUGGCACCCUGUGCUGUGCACUAGUAGUGAGGCAUUAUUACCUUGACUUUUACCAGACCACAGGCAUGUAUGUGCUUAUUUUCAUGGCAAGCCUGGUGAGGCUAACUUCCACUGAAAUGGAGUCAAGAAAUCAUAAUGGAUGGAAAUGGGAAAUAGUCACUCUAGGAACUGACCAAUGUAAAAAUCGAUCCUUUAUGUAAAAUUUUGUAUUUUCUUCAUUUUGAACAGAUUGUUCUGUGGUCUGUUUGUGUGUGUGUUUAGGACACAGUCGUGGCCCUCCAGGCCCAAACUCUCUACUCCACCAGGGUGUACAGUAGAGAUGGUGCCAGCACAGUGACAGUACAGUCUCCCAGUGGGGUACAGCACCUCUUCAAAACAACAAGCUUCUCUACCAGGAGAGGUCGAUGUAGGACACCGAAUGGAAGUACAGCGUGGAAGUGAAGGGCAGUGCUUGUGCCUCAGUGCAGGUCAGUGAAAACACAUCUCUCCUCCCAAUCCUAUGGUGUAAAUACAGUUUUAUAUAUUACUGUUCAAACAUUUAAGAAGCUUUGUCUGGCUUGAUAUUUAGUUUAUGAAAUGUGUAUUUUGGCCUAUCUUUUAAAAUGUACAGUGGCUUGCAGAAGUACUGUCACGGAAUCAGCCGAGGCUGCCCCUCCUUGCUCCGGCAGGCUUCGGCGUUCGUCAUCCCCGGAGUACUAACUGCCACCGAUCUAUGUUUCGGUGUUUGUCUAGUUUGUCCUGAUUGUUUGCACCUGUUUCCCAUUAUGUUAUAUUGUAUUCCCUUUAUAAACCCCUGUCUCUCAUUGGUUAUUGUGUGUGAUUGUUUUCCGUUAGGUCGGCAGUGCUGGUUGUAUGCGUUAUUUGUUCCUCCCUGUUUGGAGGUUUUGUUUUGUACUUUCUUUACUGUGUUAAGUAAAGUACGUUCUGCCAGUAGUUCGGUGUGACUUCGUUUCCCGCAUACACGUUCUGCUUGACUUCGUUUCCCGCAUACACAUCACCUUGACAGAAUCACACACCACUCAUGGAGUCAGCAGGAGCGGCGGUGCCAGCUGGAUCAAUGGAGGAACGCGUCGAACACCAAGCGGCCAUGAUCCAGGCUCUCGGCACCGCCAUGGAACAGGUGGUGAGCACUAUUGGGCGAUGGGAAAGAGAGGGUCUGCCUACGCCUUCUCCAACGAUACCACCACCAUCGGUGAUGCCCAUCGCUUCACCUCCGGGGUCCAGUGGGAUUCGGCUCUCGCGCCCGAGGGCUUAUGAUGGCACAGCGGCCGGGUGUCAGGGUUUCCUGCUCCACGUUGAACUACUACUUUGUAGAGACACCUUUUACAGCACUUACAGAUGCAAGUAAAGCGUCUGCUAAAUGGCUUUAUUAUUAUUAUUAUUAUUAAGUCUCUUGUGGUAUGUCUCUAUAAGCUUGGCACAUCUAGCCACUGGGAUUCUUGCCCAUUCUUCAAGGCAAAACUGCUCCAGCUCCUUCAAGUUGGAUGGGUUCCGCUGGUCUACAGCAAUCUUUAAGUCAUACCACAGAUUCUCAAUUGGAUUGAGGUCUGGGCUUUGACUAAGCCAUUCCAAGACAUUUAAACCACUCGAGUGUUGCUUUAGCAGUAUGCUUAGGGUCAUUGUCCUGCUGGAAGGUGAACCUCCGUCCCAGUCUCAAAUCUCUGACUGAAUAGGUUUCCCUCAAGAAUUUCCCUGUAUUUAGCGCCAUCCAUCAUUCCUUCAAUUCAGUUUCCCAGUCCCUGACGAUGGAAAAACAUCCCCACAGCAUAAUGAUACCACCACGCUUCACUGUGGCGAUGGUGUUCUCGGGGUGAUGAGAAGUGUUGGGUUUGCGCCAGACAUAGUGUUUUCCUUGAUGGCCAAAAAGCUCAAUUUUAGUCUCAUCUGACCAGAGUACGUACAUGCCUUUUGGCGAACACCAAACGUGUUUGCUUAUUUUUUUCUUUAAGCAAUGUAUUUUUUUCUGGCCACUCUUCCGUAAAGCCCAGCUCUGUGGAGUGUACUGCUUAAAGUGGUCCUAUGGACAGAUACUCCAAUCUCCGCUGUGGAGCUUUGAAGCUCCUUCAGGGUUAUCAUUGGUCUCUUUGUUGCCUCUCUGAUUAAUGCCCUCCUUGCUUGGUCUGUGAGUUUUGGUGGGCGGCCCUCUCUUGGCAGGUUUGCUGUGGUGCCAUAUUCUUUAAAUGUUUUAAUAAUGGAUUUAAUGGUGCUCCGUGGGAUGUUAAAAGUUUCUAAUAUUUUUUUAUGACCCAACCCUGAUCUGUACUUCUCCACAACUUUGUCCCUGACCUGUUUGAAGAGCUCCUUGGUCUUCAUGGUGCCGCUUGCUUGGUGGUGCCCCUUGCUUAGUGGUGUUGCAGACUCUGGGGCCUUUCAGAACAGGUGUGUGUGUAUAUAUACUGAGAUCAUGUGACAGAUCAUGUGACACUUAGAUUGCACACAGGUGGACUUUAUAUAACUAAUUAUGUGACUUCUGAAGGUAAUUGGUUGCACCAGAUCUUAUUUAGGGGCUUCAUAGCAAAGGGGUUGAAUACAUAUGCAUGCACCACUUUUCCGUUAUUUAUUUAUUUGAAUUUUUUGGAACAAGUUAUUUUUUUCAAUUCACUUCACCCAUAUGGACUAUAUUGUGUAUGUCCAUUACAUGAAAUCCAAAUAAAAAUCAAUUUAAAUUACAGGUUGUAAUGCAACAAAAUAGGAAAAACGCCAAGGGGGAUGAAUACUUUUGCAAGGCACUGUAUAUUUUUAGACAACAUUGUUUCCCUGACUUCUUCUUCCCUCUUUCCCAGGAGGCGCUCCACUACAACAUUCCUACUCCUACUGACAGCACAAUGCUCAGUAUCCAGGUGAAGACAGAGGUUGACUGCAACAGCAACUCUUUGAGAGCCAGAGUCACGCAGAAAUUCCAGUCUCAGUAAGAAUGAAUGACACAUUUGCAUUCACAGAAGCAUUCUUUCAAUCAGUUUAUUGAUGACACUCAAAUUUACUCAAAUCACUUGGUUUCAUUAUACACAUAAAUCAAACUUUGAUAUCACAGGCAUCUCUUUGCUUUCACAGAUAUCAUGGAAAGGAGCUGACCACCAAUAUGAUUAUA